AUGGCAUACACUCACCAAGAUUCACCUGCAGAUGCCGUAGAUCCCACUACGCUGCCUCCACUUCCGCUGCCGGCCGGCGUCAGAUCCCGCUUUGUCGACACAUCCCCUCACAGCCUCGUCUUUCACAUUCUCGAAUCCCUCCCCGCGAACCUACCGCCUUCUGGCCCCAAGCCGAAGCUGAUCCUCUUGAUCCAUGGGUUCCCCGAGCUCGCCUACUCGUGGCGUAAAAUCCUUCCCUUGCUCGCUGCGGAAGGAUACCAUGCCGUCGCCUUCGACCAGCGAGGCUAUGGGCGGACGUACUCCCGCAAACCACUCGAUGCAUCUUCAUUCCGUCCGUUAAACCUCAUCAAGGAUACUGUCACGCUGGUGAACGCUCUAGGCUAUACCUCAGUAUGCUGUGUUGUAGGGCACGACUUCGGGGCGGUGACGGCAAGUGUCUGUGCCCUCGCCCGCCCAGACAUGUUCGAGCGCCUGGUGAUGAUGUCCCAUCCCACCAAAGGCCCGCCCCAGUCUCCUCUUUCCACCUCCCCGUCCUAUGGCGCCGCCUCCCAAGUCCCUCCGCCUCCAGUCGACAUGGAACAGGCACUCUCUCAGCUUCCGCACCCCAGGAAGCAUUAUAAAUGGUACUACUGCACCCCGCCUUCAAACGAUGAAAUGACCAACCCCACGGGCCCGCCCCUACACACGUUUCUGCGUGGCUACUUCCACCUGAAAUCCGCAGACUGGGAUGUCAAUGACCCGCACAAACUGAAUGGGUGGACCGCGACGGAGCUGGAAAAGAUGCCGCGGUACUAUAUCAUGGACCUGGCCGACAACAUGCGCCAGGCCGUGGCGCGAGACAUGGCCAACGAAGACCCGCACGUCGUCGCCUCGCGCUCGGCCCGCUGGCUCCCAGACGACGAGCUGGCCAUCUAUGUCCAGGAAUGGGGCCGUACCUCCUUCCAGGGCGGCCUGAAUUGGUACCGCGUGCAGACGCAACCCGAAAUCGCAUCGGACAUGCAGGCGUGGUCCGGCGCAAAGAUCUCCGUCCCAACCGUCUUUGUGAGCGGCAAGAAAGAUUGGGGCACCUUCCAAGAGCCCGGUGCCGUGGAAGCAAUGGAGACGGGUCAAAGUGUCAGACUCCCCAUGUAUAAAGGAACUGUACUUGUCGAUGGAGCCGGGCACUGGGUGAAUCAGGAACAACCAGAAAGAUGUGUGGAGGAAAUUUUGCAGUUGGUCAGAUGA